UAAAUAUUAAUUGAGAAAAUGAAUUAAUAAGAUGAAGAUCCUAAAUAUUAGUAGCCUCAUGAAUAAAGAAUAAAUUCUUAUAUGAAAAAACCUGUAAAACUAAGUUAAUUAGAUCCAGAGAUAAUGAAAACAUAUUCAGAAUAGAUUGGAUAGAAUCCUUAACCUGCGAUGCCAAAAUUAUCAUGGUAAAUCAUAAUAUGAAAUUGAGGAUAGGUGGCAAUAAUUUAUGCUGAGACCUGACAUAAGAAAGAAGUAUAAUUAAUAUAGGAGAUUUUCAAAGGAAACAUUACCAAUGUUAGUAUUUGUAGUGUUUUCAACAGGAGUAUUAAUUAAGAUGGAAGGAUAAUAUGAUAAGAUGAAAUAAAAAGUAUAAAAUUCAAAGACUUUGAAAGAGAUAGAGAUAGAAUAAGAGGAUGCUGUAAUAUAAUUAUAUAUUUAGUAUAUCAGGGCAGCAUUGGAAGGAAAGAAAAUUAAUUUAGAUGUAACAAUUUAAGAACCAAGAAAAGAAUAAAGGUAUAAAUUUGAAGAUGAUGAUGAUGAUCAAAAUCUACCUGGAUUUGAUACUUAGGAUGAUUUUUAUGAAGGAUUAGCUAAAGAAGCAAAAUAGGGAGCCAACAUUCCCGAAGAAUAUUAACAAUAAUAUUUGGAAUAUUAGGUAAGAAAGAAAUAAGGAGAUGAAUAAUAAAAAUCUAAAUUUGAUUUAUGAGUAUUAUAUUUUUUAUUAAUAAUCAAUAUGAACAGUUG